UUAGGUCAUUCCACAGCCCAAACACAUUUUCAUGAAGAAAGCUUACAGUUUAAUCUGUUAAACCAUUGAAAAAGAAGAAGAAAAAAGAGGGAAAUGAGCAUCUUCUCUUCUUCUUCUACUACUUCAUCAAGCUCAAAAUUCACUCUCUUCUCACCUUCCCAAAACCCCAACUACUCGAAAUUCCAUCUCAUCACACCCUUGAAAGCCCCCAAUUCUUCCCCACCACACCGAGUUCUGCUCCACAUACACUCUCAUGACUCGCCAUCACCUCCGGCUCUUCAGGAGAACCCUCAAAACUCUGCAUCCAAAGCUGAAAUGGAGGAAUAUGGAGAUGGAUUUGAUGAGGAGAUCAUCAAGGCCAAGAAAUCUCUAGAGGAAUUGCUCGUUGUUCGGAGGCCGGUUAUGGAGGAACCGAGAGGUGAAGCUGAUGAUGGGAGUGGGAUUAAGAUGAAGGAGAGCGCAGCCUCUUCGAAAAUCGACCAAGGGCUAUCGCGGUUCGCGAAGAAGAUGCCGAUUUUUGAGCCUAAGUUGGUGGAGCCUAGCUCCGAGGAGAAGCUCCUUUUGGUGAAUUUGGAUUUGGCUUUGUACAAAGCUAAGCUUUUGACGCGGAAUUUUCGGUUUCAAGAGGCAGAGGAGAUACUUAGGAAGUGUAUACACUAUUGGCCAGAAGAUGGAAGGUCCUAUGUGGCAUUGGGGAAGACUUUGUGCAAACAGUCUAAGAUGAAUGAAGCCAGAGCUGUAUAUGAAAAGGGGUGCCAAGCUACACAAGGAGAAAAUUCAUACAUUUGGCAGUGUUGGGCUGUUCUUGAGAGUAGGAUGGGCAACAUAAGGAGGGCUAGAGAACUUUUCGAUGCUGCCACAGUUGCUGACAAGAAGCAUAUUGCGGCCUGGCACGGAUGGGCGGUCAUGGAGAUGAAGGAGGGAAAUAUCAAGAAAGCAAGGCAUCUUCUAGGAAAAGCCCUCAAGUUCUGUGGUGGAAACGAGUACAUUUACCAAACACUCGCUCUUCUUGAAGUUAGAUCAAAACGGUAUGAACAAGCUCGUUAUCUCUUCAAGCAGGCAACAAAGUGCAAUCCUAGAAGCUGUGCUAGUUGGCUAGCGUGGGCUCAGCUUGAGGCAAAGCAGGAGAAUGUACACGCUGCUAGAAGGCUUUUUGAGAAAGCUGUUCAGUCGAGUCCCAAGAAUAGGUUCGCUUGGCAUGUUUGGGGAGUCUUUGAAGGUAAUUUAGCAAAUGUAGACUUAGCACGGAAGCUUAUGAUGAUAGGGCACGCUGUGAAUCCGAGAGAUCCGGUGCUUCUGCAGUCGCUUGCGCUGCUAGAAUACAGAUACUCGACUGCAAAUUUAGCUCGCGUCCUCUUUAAGAGAGCAUCAGAACUGGAUUCAAGACAUCAGCCUGUGUGGUUUGCUUGGGGUUGGAUGGAAUGGAAAGAGGGAAACUUAGCAAAGGCUAGAGAGCUUUACCUAAAGGCUCUAUCAAUAGAUUCAAACACAGAAAGCGCUGCUCGCUGUCUCCAGGCUUGGGGUGUCUUGGAACAAAGAGUUGGCAAUCUAUCAGCAGCAAGGAGACUAUUCAGAUCUUCCCUCAACAUAAACUCCCAAAGCUACGUCACAUGGAUGACGUGGGCAUCUCUAGAAGAAGAUCAAGGCAACUCCAUACGCGCAGAGGAAAUCCGCAACCUCUACUUCCAGCAGCGUACUGAGAUUGUGGACGACGCCUCGUGGAUCAUGGGAUUCCUGGACAUCAUUGAUCCGGCAGUAGACAGCAUAAAGAGGCUUCUCAACUUAGAGAAAGGCGCGUCUACUGCUGAGGAACGCAUUGCAAAGGAGCAAUUUGGAGGAGUUUCUGCUGAUAGCGGUGAGGGAAAUGCAGCUGGGAGUGGAAGUGGCUUUGAUCUGGAUGAGUUUGUACGACAGAAACUGUCGUUGGAUCCUUCGAAUCUUGAGGUUCGAUUUGCACCAUCGUCUUGGUCGAAGAGCAGUGCAUCUGCCACGAAAGUGAGAAGAUCAGAGAGCAAUAAUGCCACAGAAGUGGCAAAGGAGUGAAUGCUUGCUGGUUUCUCUGCUUAUGGUGAAAUUGGAGGGGGGAAAGGGUAGAUAAGUUGUAAAUUUUGUUGUAUACUUGUGAGAUUUUGGCAUUCUGCACUACACAAUUUUUAGAAUAUUUUUUUCUUGAA